AUGGAAGAGAAGUUGCAGAAAGCCGUGGAGGAGAGGUUGCAAAGGCUGCAGCGUGCUGCCGCAGAAGGAGAUGUGGAUGCAUUAUUUUCAAUACUUGCGGAGGAUCCUCUUGUUUUGGAGCACUUUGAUGAGAAAGCAUUUUUUAGUACCCCCUUACACACAGCUGUAAGAGAGGGAAGGAUCCAAUUUGCAAAGGAAAUAGUAAACUUAAAGCCUUCAUUUGUUUGUAAGCGAGACCAUCUUGGGCGUAGCCCCCUUCAAUUGGCUUUGGAAGAAAAGUAUCAGGAAAUGGAAGGGCAUGGUCCCUUUGAUUUGGAUUUUGAGGGGAAGUACCAGGAACUGGUAACAUGGCUCAUACAAAUUGACAGUGAGCUUGUCCGUGUCAAAUCAAGGGGGAUGGUUACUCCUUUGCAUUAUGCAGCUCAACUAAACGAUAUAUCCAAUUUGGCUGAAUUUUUGUAUGUCUGCCCAUCAUCUAUCCAAGAUUUGACAGUUAAAUGUGAAACUGUCGUCCAUGUAGCCAUCAAAAAACGGGAGUUGUAA